AUGGCCGAACAGAUGUUCACCGUCCGCGACGUGCUGUACAUGUACAGCGACGCCCGCACCGCCUACGACCGCUUCGUCGGCAUCGGCAGCAACCCGGAGCAGGCGCGCAACGCGGUGGCGCUGCUGGUGUGGCUGGACCAGUGCAACGUCCGAGCCAUCCAGCACCUCCCAGGGCUGAGCCCCACCGUCGUCAGCCUCGUCGCCGCGGAGGCCAACUCGGUGUUGGACUGCCUCCGCGGGCCGGAGCCCGUAGUGCCGGCCAUCCCGCUCAUCUCCGCGCUCUGCAAGGACGGCGAUGUGGACCCGCGCUUUUUCACAUUCCACCAGGACCUGGUGGUGCGUGGUGUCGCAGACAUCCUAGACGGUGUCGGCUCGCUCAUCUUCAAUAACCACCUCAACAAGAUGCUCCGCCGCUACCAGACCGGCCUAGUCGGCAACCCGCCGGAGCUGAUGGCGGCCUAUAGCUGCCUCUCCGUCGCCGUGCCGGAGGACUGCCGCUCCAUGUUCAUCACCUUCUCCAGGGGAGCGCCAAUCGACCGUGAAGAGAUCUUCGACUACUUCAGGCAGAAGUGGGGCGACUGCGUGGUGCGUGUCCUGAUGGAGAAGACAGCGGGAGGCUCACAGCCAAUGUACGGGCGAAUCAUCUUCCGGAGCGAGGCAUUUGUGCAGCUGGUGCUCAACGGAGAGCGUCUCGUCAAGAUCUCCAUCCGCCAUCGCCAGAUCUGGCUCCGCAAGUAUGUCCCAAGGCCGGCUGCCACCCAGAACCAGAAUUAA